AUGGAACAAGCAAGGAACAACAGGAGCCCCGUCACCCUCCACGUAUCCAUGGCAACGAGCAGCCCGGAAGAUAGCGUUCCAUCCACCCCUCUCUUGCCGAGUCUGCGGAACUCGGAUACGAGUCUGAGUUCGGAACCUCACUUCCUGGACGUAGUCAACUUCCGGAAUCUGUCCGUGGACUCGUCCUCUUCGUCCGGCAGUGAUCCGGCGAGCAGUUCUGGGGCCAGGUCCAAUUGUUGUUCUCCUUCCCGUUCGCCGAGCAGCCCUCAGGGCCCUAGGUUCAAGCUAGUGCACGAGGGACUGGUGCAUGUGUGCCGCCUAAAUCAUACCAGGACGGUCAUUAGCAAGAUUCUCAGCUCCAGGUUCCUCAGGAGGUGGGAUACACAUCACGUGAUACUGGAGGAGUCGUAUAUUAGAUCCAGAAACCCUGGUGGUUUUAUGGAAGAUCCCAUUCCCUACAGGGUGAUCCAGGAUAUUUAUCCUGUGGCCAGGUGGGACUCGUGUGGACGAUUUUGCAUCAGAAUCGUAAUCCCCGAUGGAUCUUUGCUUCUACAGGUGUCUAACUGUUACAUGAGAGAUCAAUGGUUGCAUUCCUUACUUUGGAAGAGAAGUGCAUUUAGGUAUAGAAAAGUAUUAGUUGCUUGUUCAAGACCAGAAAUUUUGCUCAAAGAACUAAAGAGUCUUGUCGAACAAGUUCUUUCUACGCCUUUACAAGACGACGGUAUUUGUCAGUCAGCGUUGGACAUCAUAUCCGAUGUGUUAGUAAAGGGACAGACAUGGAUGCCUCGGCUCAUAGCAGAAGAAGUGAUAACGAUAGUAUCUGUUCUUUUAGAAAGAAUGACGCCCACCUCCGAGAUCUGUGAUUUCUUUUGUUGGCACUGCCGAGAAAAUCCCAGGUCAACUGUUGUGCUUGACAUUUGUACGCCAAUCGUCCAAAGGAUACUAAAGCACAAUAUGGACUUUGGAAAACAUCCGCAGACGAGAGUUUUCGUCCAGGAAUACCUCUUAGCUGUAAGUUGCCAGAAUCGUGGAGACAAAGUUGUUAAGAGUUUUGUAGAAUGUAUGCAUGGUCCUGGAAGUAAAUGCCCACAUCCUCGUGUUCUCAACAAUCUAGUUGCCAUUUGCGUUGCUGCUAUUUACACUAUCUUUGAGAGUAGGAGAACGGCUUUUCUAGGAGAAGUAAAUGAAACCCCUAUAGAAGCAAGAAGUUAUUUAGAAUGGGAUACAAAGUUAGACUGUUUCACCUCUUUAUUUUCGAUUUUAGCCUCUUUUGAUGAUUGGAGACCAUCUUUGGCAGAACUGCUUCAGCCAAUCCCGUUUCACGACGAUGCACUUGCUUGUGGAAAAUUUACCACGCAAAUGAAAGAAGUUGUACGUCAGUUUUCAAAUGAUGACAGAUGUGGUGUACAUCAGAUGCUUCUUGGCGUGAGAGAGGAAAAAGAAGGUUGGUUUCAUCUGUACUGUCCGGGAAACUUAGCCUGUGACGAUGAUGGAGAUUUGUGGAGUGCUAUGUUGGGUAAACUGAUCUCCUGUUGUUACAAGCGUCGCAAGUUUUUGCUCUCCCUUACCAAAAACCUGGGUCCUUGCAUGCUGCGUGCACUGCGAGACGACGAGACGUGCCAGCGCACGUUGUGCGCUUUGCUGGAAAUGGACGUGCUGGACAGCAGAGAUCUGCAGCUGCAGCUGAUAACCACCCUGCAGAGCACACCUAGUGGUAAGAAGCACUAUGCUGAGCUGUGCGACAAGCAAAUGCAUCUAAGACAGCUACAACAAAAAGGUGGCCCGAAGAAACUUGCAUUGCCUUCCAAAUCCACUGAUGCUGACGUUUCGCGUCUGUUGAACAGUGGCUCCUUUGGCGACUUAGAAUGUCUUUCUCUAGCUUUCACCCAAGUGACCAGCGCCUGCGCAGAAGAAAUUAUAAAAUUAUCAUCACUUCGAUACCUCAAUCUGUGGUCGACUCAGUUCGGAGACUCCGGAUUGCGCCUUUUAUCCGAGCAUCUUCCCAACCUACAAGUGCUCAAUCUUUGUGAGACUCGAGUCACGGAUGAUGGAUUGGCCGCCCUCACAGCAAUGAAGAGCUUAAGAAAACUGAAUUUAAAUAGUACGAGUCUAACUCCAGAGACGUUCGAAGGGCUUAAGAGGACACUACCAGUGUUACAAGAGUGCGAUGUGAGAUACACAGACGCCUGGGGUUUUUAG